AUAGAAAACAUCACUGCCAACUUUUUUCCCAUUUCAUCAGUGAUCCACAUUCCACCGGCUUCCGGAUUUCACUCCCCACUAGCUAUUGCCAUCCAAAAACAAAGCUCCAAAUCUUAAAAUAUCACCAACAAGGCUAAGAUACAACCUUUUUCUUCCAUUCUUCUAAUCUGAGAUUCCCGUUUCCAUUUUUUUUUUCUGUGUUAAAAUUCCGUAAAAAAUGAUUAAAAGGAAGGCCAAAAGGAAGCUUGGCUUCCUUGAGACUUUUGUGAGAUAGAUCUCCCAGUUCUAAGUUUCCAACGGUAGCACCCUUUCCCCUUUGGUUUGUUUAUUUAUUUUUUCCUUGGCAUGCAUGUUCUAUUCUUCUUCUUAUCCAAGCAAUCCGAAGUCCCCUUUUCCCCUUUCCGCCACCUCUUUUUUCUAUUAUACUGUUGUUCUUGUGCUUCCUGGACUUCUCUCCCACUAUGCUUUCAGCUCUCAAAUCAUGACAACCCCACAAGAAUUAUAAAUUCCCACCAAAUUUCCAAUCCCAUUCACUUUUAAAUGCCCCCACCCUUUGGUUAGCUCCUGCAACCAAAGACAAGGCCGAAUUCCCACCUCCGUCUACUCUGCAUGGCUAUCAGAACCAUGGACAAUGCGAAGAAGCCAUCAGGGUGCGGUGUGAUGGUGUUCUAUGGUGGCUUGUUCAGCCGCCGAGGCUUCUGGCAUCGUCGGUCCGCCUCGACGAGCUCGAUACCACAACGAUCUCCAGAACACAGCAUUGUGAAGCUACCGUCCUCCAAUGGACGGUCUCAGCAGCCUGCAUCCAAUGACAAAGCCAUGGUGCUACCAGCAAAUUUAUCUCAGCCACCUGUUGCCAAGCCUGAGAGCUACCGUAAGGCUGCUGCCUCGAGACAACCGGAAUCGAACAAGGCAUUGACGUCAGUUUAUUCGAGCAAUGGCCUGGCAGCAGAGCUUGACAGCAUGAUCUAUGACCACCGGCGAGCUAAGGGGAGCAGUAACUUGGUCCGGGUCUCUUCAGGCAAUGUGAUGGUCUAUGGGAACUUAGGCAACAUCAGGGGGAAUCAGAAUUUGACGAAUUCUCGAAACCAGAGUGUGCUUGAUUACCUCCCGAAGACCGCCAAGGAGUCGAGAGCGAAUGCCAGUGGGAGGAAUGGGUUCAAGUACCCAGGGCCUAAUGGAGUGAUGGGCAAUAUAAUGAAGAACCCGGCAAAAGAACCAGCAGAGUCCCAACCAGAGCCGUGCAGGGCUCUUUCGAAGAGAUUAGAUCCAGAGGAGUUGAAGGAGAUGGGGAAUGAGGAGUACAAGAAGGGGAGGUUUGCCGAGGCAUUGUCUCUGUAUGAUCAGGCAAUUGUGAUGAAUCCAGAGGUGGCUUCGUACUGGAGCAACAAGGCGGCGGCGCUCAUGGGUUUGGGCCGGCUUUUCGAGGCAGUUGACGAGUGCAAAGAAGCUGUAAGGAUUGAGCCUUCAUAUUACAGAGCGCAUCACCGCUUGGGUACUCUUUAUCUCAGACUGGGAGAAGCUGAGAAGGCAACUCACCAUUACAAGCUAUCACGAAAAGAAACCAGCUCUAAUGACUUCUCACGAGUGCAGGCCCUCCAGACCCACUUGGCCAGGUGUAAUGAAGCAUGUAAGCAAAAGGAUUGGCUCACUGUGUUAAAGCAAUCACAGGCUGCUGUCUCUGCUGGUGCCGAUUCCGCACCACAGAUCUUUGCAUUGCAAGAGGAGGCACUUCUAAAGCUCCAAAGGCAUGACGAGGCAGAUUCAUUGCUAAAUGGUGCACCCAAAUUCGACAUUGAUGCAUCCACAAAGUUCUAUGGUGCUAAUAGGAAUGCAUAUGUCCUCAUAAUCCGAGCACAGGUUGAUAUGGCUUUGGGAAGGUUUGAGGAUGCGGUCGUAGUGGCUCGAAUGGCUGCUGAACUUGACCCCAGCAACCGGGAGAUUGGUGUUGUGGUCCGGAGAACACAUGCAGUGGUAUCUGCUAGGUCCAAAGGCAAUGAACUCUUCAAGGCCUCCAAGUAUGGAGAGGCAUGUAUUGCUUAUGGAGCAGGCCUUGAUCAUGAUCCACAAAAUUCUGUUCUUCUUUGCAAUAGAGCUGCUUGUCGUUCCAAGCUAGGCCACUGGGAGAAAGCCAUCGAGGACUGCAAUGUUGCCCUUAGUGUGCGUCCUUUGUACAGCAAAGCUCGUCUAAGGAGAGCUGACUGCAAUGCAAAGAUGGAAAGGUGGGAGGCAUCAAUAAAGGAUUAUGAAGUGUUAGUCCAAGAAAUUCCAGGAGAUGAGGAGGUGAGCAGGGCCCUCUUUGAGGCUACAGCCCAACUCAAGAAGCAGCGACGAGCAAGUGGACACAGUUCGAUCCUGAUGUUCUAAUCAUCAAUUCUGGAAAAUCUCAUAUUAGCCACAAAGAGUAAAGCUUCAACUUGGGUAGUUCUUUCUAUGGAGCAACACUGCAAGCUGUAAUCAUCUUCUACACACCUCUUGGUUUGGCCAUGCUGGUCCGUCCCCCAACAGCAUUCUUCUAAAAACAAGAUGAUAUCCAUAAUAUUGUACAUACUGGCGGAUCCUUUAUGGUGAAAAUUUCUGGAGGCCCAUCAGCUAGAAUUCAAAUAUGCAAGCAUUUGAAUAGCCAAUUAUUGAAGAUCUCUUGAAGCAAAUGGGAACUUGCUAGUGGUGGCAUCCUUGGAAUGGAGAAAAGGAAAAAAGGUCUUUCACCAGGACAACAGGAAAAACUAUGUAAUGGGUACACCACGACCAUAUUUUCCUCUGUUUCUCUGAUGUAUAAACAGUACAAAAAUAGUCACAUACCUCUAUAUUGAACAUUUUGCUGCUCUAUUAUCAUGUCUAAACACUCAUGUUUUCCUGCUUCAAGGUGUCUUGUUCUGGCUCUGCAAUAAACUUACUUUCAGUGAAUAGA